AGUGCGUAGAAACAAGAAGCGUCCAAAAUGGCGGCCGAACUUCCCAACCUUUGCCUUUCCCAGUUUCACUGAAAACAAACGUAUUGUCAUGUACGUUUUCACCAAAUAGAGUUUUGAAAACAAAAUCUUGCCAAAAUGUCCUUGAGAGGACUGAAAGGGGAGGAGCUUAAGCGACACUUGAGAGAACUAGUCACCAGCUGGGAAGGAAUAAUCCGCGAUGCUGGAUCUCUUGGACAGGCUGAGGAGACACUUCUUCAUUUGGAGGAAAAUGAUGAGAAUUUUCACAAGCAUGAGUUUGUCAAAGCCUUAAAAAGGGAGCUGGAGCAGACUCUUAGUCCCCUCAUUGAAGAUGAACUGGAAAAGUACUCUACAACUGGCCAUGUAGACUCUGGAAGUCAUGAGACCCUGGUCAGCCGAAUCACUGACCACAUAAUACAGUCCAGGCAGUAUGGUGAGCUGAAGAAAUCCCUGGGAAAAAACAUGAGUGAAGCAGUAGAUGACCUUCUCGCAAACUUCGACUCGGAGUUUGUAGUUGGGAAAUUUGGUGGUGAGGUUGAAGGGUUGGAGCCCCGUAUAACACCACUGGUUACUGACGACGAGGAGGGCAGUGUAAUGAUUUUCCACCAAGAUCAUCUCAAAGGCAUAGCGGAUAACUUGGGGAAAACAAAAAGCCCUGAGGUGCAGAGAGAGGCAAUGCAGAAACUCAAUCAAAUCAUCUCUGGGGAGAUUGUUCAUAAUAAACACUGGCAGCAACUGCGCAAGAAUCUCAUGGAUGUCAUGGCUGAUCCUGAUCAACAGCUCUCGGAACUGAGUCUCAAAUUUGUAGCAAAAUCCUUCACGUGCACAUCUCAUCACACAAGCCAAGUCUACACACUGUUAAUUGGUUUCCUGUGUAGCCAAUUUUCAGGGAUGAAUGCGAGCAUGCCUCCAGUUAAAAAUGGUUUAGAUUGUUCAAAUAAGACAACAGUGAAACUUCUCAAAGCGUUUCGGCUCAUGAUUGAGUUCCAGCACGAGGCCCCCAACUAUUGGGUGCGCUACCCAAUGACAUAUCUGGAAGAGAUAGUGGAAAGCUCCUUGAACCUGUUUUCCCUUCAGAUGGUGACACAGGCUCCGCUCACGAAAUUGUCACCCCUACAUUUUGUGGCAGUUUUGGAUCCAAAAGCACAGUGGUUUAUCAAAUGGAUGCAUGGAAACUACAGCAGAAAGAUUUUAUUGGAACUAUUGGAAAAGUACCGUGUGAUUGUAGAGACAUCUUUGAGACACUGUCUGGACUUCUCGGCUUUUCGAAAAAGCUCACUUGACAGCAUGAGUGAAGUUUCUGAUGCAUUUUCAAAAGUGUCUGUCACCGACCAUGGCCAGCGACUGUUCUACACAGGUCCAGAACUUGAGUAUGCCUUGUUCAUCCACUCUUUGUCAUUUCUGGGCAGACUGCUCUGUUUCAAGAAAGGACAGCAGUUUUUUCCGGUCAGAUUCAGAGAGAAACAAGUCCCAGUGUCCAUCACGCAGCUUCUGAAAGCUCUGGUUCUGUUAGUGGUUGAUCCUGGCAUGUCAGCAGCGCACAGGAGAGUGGAAAAAGAUAAAGAUACCUUUGAGUUCACAACUUUGGUGACGGAAGUCCUGAGAUCUCUUUGCGCCACGGAGCAGGUGUGUAGCUCCAUCAUGUGCCGAGACGAGAUCAUCUCCACUCUGCUCUCCCCUGUCUCACAGUACAUGGACGAGUCACCGGAUCACAUUCCUCCUGGGGAAGACACUUUGGUCCAUGUUGCCAACAUCUUGUGUGUUAUCGCAUCCAGCACCAAGGGUCGCCGCUACUUGCUCUAUGGGGAGGGCCAAUCCAUUCAUUCCAGGACCAAAUCGUCUUCUGCUCAUCAGAUUGCGGAGUUUACCAAGAAGUCUCUAUCAAACACACUGUCCAAGUCAUAUGUGCCACCAUCCAACAAUGUUGUCGGAGUGUAUCUGUAUAUCUGCAGGCAGUUGUACAACACCUGUGAGGGUCUGUUUGUUUUAUCUUCUUACGAACUUCACAACUCGAUUGCACAGGCUUGGAAACAGUGAAUCUUGGAAAGGAACUCUGCAGGACAACUUGUUGAAUUUUGCAAGCACAGCGAAAGGUAUACUGCUUCUGCAUCAGACUGGGGCUUUCAAUGAGUCUGUGAGGUACAUGUACUCCAGAUAUGCCAAAAAAUUACAGGUGGGCAUUUGCGAAAAGUUUGGCUAUGGGUACAUGGUUACACAGGUAGCAGCCACUGCACUGGGGAUUCAAGCACUCCAGAGUACAGGAUACAUCAAAGCAUUGCUUGUGGAGCUGUGGUCAGCUCUGGAGUGUGGUCCUCAAGACAUACCUGUCUUCACUCCCAAGUCCUGGCCAGUUGAUCCCAUUGAUCGUGCUUCUCAAAAGCAUUUCAUUCGUCUGGUCAAUAUACUGUCAGCCUUUCCUGCUGUGUAUGAGCUCCUAAAGGGUCAACCAUUGCCCUCUCGAGAGACUUACAGCUUGAGAGAUAUCCCAAACUCCAUCACUGCCCUCAUCGACAGAAUCAUUUUUGUGGAUUCAGCAGCAAAGAUCCACUCCCUCUUCAACUAUGAGCAGUCAUACACAUUUGGUCUGAGAGUUUUAUCUGUGAUGGUGUCUUGUCUGGAUACCUACCUCCUUCUUCAGUCACAAUACAAGUUCCAAGAGUUUUUGUUGGCUGAGCAAGAGGCAAACAAAGUAGAAGACAGUGAAAGAUUCAUCUGCGAUGUGUUGUCGGUGGAGCGUAACUACAUUCUGGUCAAGACUUUCCUGAUUGGAGGCCCCACUGAGCGAACUCUUCCUUCUAGAACACUGGAAGAGGACAAAUCUGGCAAUCUGAAAUUGCCUAUCCUGUUUUCAUCCUACCCAAUUCCCAGAGAAUACCAGCCAAAUGUUGCAGGUCGAUCUGCCAUGAAGCAAGAGAAUGAACUGAGCAAAUUCCUCAAUGCAAGUCGUCCAGAGAAAAAGGCAAAAGUUUGGAUGGAUAAGUGCAGAAACCUGCUGCACAAGAUGCUGGAAUCCAAGCCUGAUCACGCCAAAGGGAACUUGCUCCAGCAACUGCUGGAAAUGAGUGUUUCUCACAUGAACCAAAUGCAAGAGGAGGCCAUUUUCCAUUUGUUUGAUUUCUCAGGUACAGACAGCACCAUAAAGAACUUCAAGCUUUCACCCCUCCAACUGCUGGGCAUCAAGACAGCUGUGAGAUAUGGUAUUCAUCUGAAAGUUAUCAACACGUCAUCAGAAUCCACGGAGAACCUCACUCAGUUGCUGAAGCUGUCAGGCUGUUUCCUGAAACAGCAGAUGCGCUCACUGAAGACUUCUUUGCAAUACUUGGAGGGAACUUAUCCUGGCUUUGACUGGUUUGUGGCCACAAUUUUCCUCAUUUUCAAUGGCAACGGUGAAAGAACAUGGAACUUUCUCCACAAGUUCUCAGCCCUGGGAUGUUCUGGCUAUAUGUGGAUGGCAAGACUCCAUGCUUCGACUAUUCCUAGUGGACUGUUGUCAAGUGGGAUCUCACCAAUGUUCUCCAGCACUGCUCACAACAUUGAGCUGCUUCUGCAGACAGAGCUGCCUCUUAUUGCAUCUGCCUUCAAGAUGUCAGGCUACACCCCAUCACAGAUCUGCAUGCACUGGCUGACCCAAUGUUUCUGGAACUAUUUGGACUGGCUGGACAUUGUCCACUACAUUGUCAUCUGUGUGGUACUGGGAGUGGACUAUCAGGUGUAUUUGUGCGUGGCUAUCCUCAAACACUUACAGAGGGACAUUUUCUCUCAUAUGCAGACUCAGGAUCUAAUAAUAUUCCUCAAGGAGGAAGCUAUCUGCAACUUCCACAUCCUGGAUCAGAUGGAUUAUAUGAAAGAACUGGAGAAAAAGUACAGGAAGAUUAUACUUGCAGACAUGAUGAACAUUACCAAACCAUGAUUAAUGCUCAGUAAUACCUGCGCUAUCUGUAGAAAAGGGAUAAUUUUAAAUUACGUGCUAACACAAGGUCUCAUGUUCAACUUUUCUAAUUUUUUCUUUGCCUUCUUAAGUUCUCACUUUCAAUCUCCCGUAUAGAGUUCCUGAAAGUUUAAGGCUAUACAUAAAUCUUGUACAGUAAUGCGGGUUGCCCUAUAGUCGAGCCAUAUUUAUUUCAAUUUGUGACCUCAAGAUUUCUACUGUACCUAUAUGAUGUCUUAUUUAAAGUAGGAAUGCUUUAGCUAACACUUACUGCACCCUGAAGUACAAGUCCUGUGCUAAUGUAAAACAUAUAAUUUGUGGGGCUGUUGAAACAGGGUGAUUUGCAAGCGAAUUUUUUUUAAUUUGAAAAUUUGGAUGUCUGGACAAAAUGUAUUGUAGUAUUAAAGCUUGAAACUUUUUGAAAGUAAGAAAUUUUGUACUGUGAAAUAGUGGUAAAGCAUCUAUUUUGGAGCUAUUCGAGUGGGAUACUUGAAACUGCUGUGUGAUUUGAGAUUUUAUUAGCCUCUCUCUGGCAAUGAGAAGUUUAAAAGCAUUUUUUAAAAUUAGCAAAGAAAUAUGGUGUAACGAGUAUUUGGCGAAUUUUGUAACGUUUUAAUGAUUAAAACAAAAAAGUAUUCCACUUUGUGAGGGGUACAUUGAGAUUGUUUCUAAAACACUUGCUUAUUUGAUGAUACUUCCUUUCUUUGACAAUUAAUAAGGUGAGAAUUAUCCUUUGAAUGUUUUAGAGUGUCUGAACUUGACCAAAAAGUACUCUGCACAUUGACAGGUUUAUAGCACAUAUGCUGAUCUUGUCCAUUUCACAUUCAGCUGUGUCUCCUGUUGAUUUGUUAAAUUCAUGUUCACUUUUUUUGCAUUAACUUUGAUCAAAUUUGUGUUUAUUUAUUCCCCUUGCAACGCAGUAAUGCUAUUUAAAAGGCUGGAUUUUCUAACUGAAUACACUUCUCUGAUAGGACAGAGUUGUUCAAAAGUCUUCAAGACCACUAAAAAUAAAUCAUGUUCACAAAUGCUCUGCUGGAGAUUUUAACCCGAGUUUUACACAUCGCCAUCCGCCAAGAUAACCUAUGAACUACUAAAGUUUUUUUUUGUUUG